UCUUUCCGCAGAAAAACUCAUUUGUGAAUUUUUUCGAAAAUGGCGGACGCUUUGGAUGUUCUUGAAAUUGAGCGCGUUGCACCCGAGCUGACCAAAGAUAGCUUUUUGGGUCAGUCGGGGCAAAGUCAAAAGCGAAUCGUGAAACCUCAGUUGAUUCGGCGGCCAGUUGGCAUGAGUAGAGAACUUUUUUCGUUGAUAAGUAAAAAUGUCGAGGUUGGCGGUCCAGUGGUUCCUGGAGACAGUGAUGCGGGGUACACACAGACCAAAGUGAAGCUCGGCUUGAAGAAAGUCCGGAAAUGGGUUUUCACGAAUUUUUAUCAUCCUGGUCGUCCGGAAAAGACCGGUUUAUGCCACUGGAUGAGAGUAGGCGAAGAGCAUUUGGAAUAUCCCUUCGCCAAAUUCUGUAGACGAAUCGAGGUGCCUACUUUCAGCGAAGAAGAAUUCGAUGCAUGUCUGUCAGAUCUCGACGACACGUGGUCUUACGACGAAACAGUUCACCUGUUCGAUCUCUGCAACCGCUUCGAGAUGCGGUUUUAUGUCAUUUACGAUCGGUUCGAUCGACAAAAAUAUCCCGGGCGAAGUCUGGAGGAUUUGAAGAAACGAUAUUACACUGUCAUCAAUGCGCUUCACAAGGCUAGACUUGUUGAGCACGACGAUGGGCAUGAUGUUGAAAGAGUUGGUGAUGAAACGAAGCGGAAAAGUGAAAUUAGGGCCCGGAAAACUCCUGAUCCUCCGAUUGAGGAACGUUCUGAAAAUGCGGAAGCGUCCACUUCAACGCCCUGCGCAAUUUCGGCGGUUCCUGGAACUUCUGGUGAAUCAAAAAACAGCGAAAUCAAGCAAGAAAACGAAGUUCGGACUGUAAAAAUGGAAACGGGAGCCGGGAAUGAGCAGCAGGGGGAAGAACAAGAUGAUGAGGAACUUGAGGAAGACGAGAUGCACGAGAACGAGUCCGGGGAUGAGGAACUACCCGAUUUGAAUGGAACUGAAGAAGUGGAGCAUGGUUUGUCGAGGAGCGUUACCCCCGAGGAAUUAACCUACAAGAACUACGGAGUAGGAUUUUACUUCGACAACGAAUUGGAACGCUUGCGGAAAAUCCAACUCAACAGAUCUCUGGCUAGAACCGAGGAAGAAAUCGAAGAGGAGGAAGACCUUCUGUCGGAGUUGAAACAGCUGCUGGCGCGAAAACGCGAAAUGAAGAGAAAACCGCUAACCAAGGACAUGCCCGAGGCGACGAUCGAGAAAACGGUUGUGAAGCGGAAAUCCGCUUCCAUCCCUGGCACGCCGAGCUCCGUCCACAGCGAAACUGGAGCAUCCGAGAUCAAAGACUCGAAAGUGUCUCCACAGUUCGUGCUAUGCUUUCCGGAACGAACUCAUUGCUACUCCGCAUUGUCGCGGACGAAAGCGCCGGUGGACGAAAGUGCGGACAGCCGCCGAAUGAAAACCCAGCUAUCGCAGAUUGAUCAGUGCCUGACUGAUCUCGGCGUCCCGAGUCUCACCGUCGGCUCCGACGACUUGUGCGAAAAGUACAACAAGUUGCGCAUGAGCAUCGCCGCCCUCUUCAAUCUCAAGUAUUCGACGGAGCACGCGCGAGCCGAGUUGCAGUCGUUGUGUGACCGGUUCCACGGCAUGGACCCGGCGGGGUUGCAACGUUUGGGCAUCGACCCCCAGCUGCUGACCCCGUUGGACGAGGUGAAUGUGGAGUUGAACGGCAGUGACGGCGACGUGAACCGCGCGAGAACCAUUUCGGAGAUGCUGCAGCUGGAGGGUUCGAUUGGCACGCCGACGCGGAAGCGGAAAGCGGCGCUUGAGCAGGGCAAUGUGUUGAAAAAGCUCAAGUCUCGCGUUUGAGAGUGUUCCAUCUCUUCUCCAUUUCGAAAGAAAAACAGGUUUUUUUUGUCGUGUUUGUGUGUUGAGUGCAGAAAUAACCUGCGAUUGGUUCUUCCUUGUUGAAAUCCUCCCGCUGUGAUUCCGCCGUCGAGCAGGUGUCCAUUUGUCAACCCGCUUCACGAGUCGAACGUCCAGCAGUUGAUGUGAGAGGAUAGGUUUUCCCUCAUUCACAGUCGAACCCCGUUGAGACGCAAACGGCCAAUUUAUUUUGUAAAACGAAUCUUUUCUUAUGAUAAUAGCAUGGGGAAACCCCAUCAAUUAAUUUUGUUGAUAUUACUUAAUGGUUAAAGAAUGCGAGGCUUCAAUUACCUGACGUAAUGCUGCAUAGGUUUUAUCACAUUACAGUAUUUAUUAGUUUUGUUAGCUACGGAAAUGUUGAGUUGGACGCGUAUGUUCGGUUACGAUAUGUUAUUUUGGCAUGUGUUUGGGUAGCCCUUGUCACAACAGGUUCACGUACGAAAGAAAAUAGGAAACGGAAUAUGAGACGGUUUCAAAAAGGAAGUACCCAGCGAGUCCUGAUUAACUUGGAUGAUGCGUUCGUUCAAUUAGCUUCUUCCUUCUUUCCGUUUUUUUCCUUGAAUCAGUAUCUUCUUCCGAUUGGCUUUUUUUUUGCAUAGCGUGCGUUUUUUUUUAUUGUGUUUUUGUAAAACACCACGAGCCGGUGUGCUUGAAAUUACGGCGCAGCCAGUUUGCUAAAGUGAUGGAAAUUGAAUUCACUUUUGCCCCUCGUGGAAGAAAGGUUCUCGGUUUGUUCUGAGCGAGAAGAAAUUUGAGAGAUUGCGUUUGAAGAUAGCUUGAAACUGUUUCUUAUUUUGACUGUUCGAAUGUGUUCACGGGCUUUAUUGCUAGAAUCUUUUCGAAAAUAUUGCGAGUUAUGUGCAUUUCGUCAUGGAUAGCAGUCAAGGGUAUUUUUUGUAUAACUGUACCCCCCAGUCCGUUGUUACGAUGGCCAUUAGGAAUGAAUUGCACUGAUAGAUGCUAUAGUUUUGUUAAUGUGGCGCCCAUUAGUUGAUCUACGGUGAACAUUUUUUAAUAAUUGACAUACCUAGCUGCAUUCUCCAACAAUUACUGUAUCUUACAUUUUCUCGUGCAAUUCUGGAAUGUUCUUUAAUCGCCUCCUUUAAUUGUGCUUUAAUAUUUGAUGAAUAUCUUUGUGUUGUGGGCACCCUGCACUUCGUGCGUAACCCACAAAGAAUUUGGUACUUCGAAAUUGAGAAAUGUAUGGCGGAUUAUAGAAAUUUGUUGCACUACCCCCCCCCCCCGUUUUUAGCUCAAAUGCUGUUAAUUGGAGAGAUAGGAAAGCGAAGUCAAAUUAAAUUCGCCGUUAUUGCAAACGGGACCCAUAAUUCAAAUCGAGAAUCAGUGUCCACCGAAACACUUUUGGCAAAAAAUCGUUUUUGCGAAUUAUCCAUUACGUGGGGACAUCACUUUGAACUCAAAUGUGGCCUGUAGUUGCGUGAACACCUUGGAAUAUGUCUCUGAUUAUUGAAUGCUUGUCAUGAUCAUUU